AUGCGACCGAAACCCGGUAUACAUGCACAGUUCGUGUCGAGGUUCGUGCCGACCCGAAUCGUGCCACAACCGCAUCCGUCUGCAGCUCGGUCCGGCAGAGUGCCAGGACAAACACCGCAUGUGCAAGACGUGGGCGCAGUCCGGUCUGUGCAGCGAGGACUACAUGCACUGGCAAUGCAGAGUGUCGUGCAAAAUGCCCUGUUAGCUGCUAGCCUUUUCAUUACUGCGCGGUUCCACGCCAGUUGCCAUUAUAACGAGUACACUCCUUGAAC